UACGGUUUAAUUUAGAGAUAGAGACGGCGUGUUCAUUUCAAUAAUUGAUUUAUAGAUUUUAUUUAUAAUUAUAAAUAUAUUUUUUUUUUGAAAAAAUACCGUUUAAAAAUUUAUAAAUUAUGUUUCAUAGCAAUUAACAUUUAGAUAACUAUUAAACUGUUCAUACUUGCAUUACACGUGAUUUACGAUGUACGUGUUUACGGUUGGAUUAGAACACGCCUAAUAGUCGAUUGAUUCUGAGGUGAUGUUAUUUUCUUGGUGACAACUUCCAAAAAGUCUUCAAAUAAGUGUUUUCUUUAUAUAAAUCAAUUUAUAUUUAAAUGGAUAAGGUAGAAGAUAUGACUCAUUCGUAUGCCUUACCAGAUCAAUACAUGGUUCAUGUAGAAGAUAUGGAAGAUGAACAUGAGCAAUUAACUGCGGAAAACACGGAUGAUUCAAAUCAUGAUGGAGACAAAAUUGGGGCACCUUUACGGGAACAAGACAGAUUUCUACCUAUCGCCAAUGUUGCAAAGAUUAUGAAAAAAGCAAUCCCUGAAACGGGAAAGGUAAAUAACAAAAUUGCAAAAGAUGCCAGAGAAUGUGUUCAGGAAUGUGUAUCUGAAUUUAUUAGUUUUAUUACUAGCGAAGCUAGUGAUCGCUGUCACAUGGAGAAAAGGAAAACGAUAAACGGAGAAGAUAUAUUGUUCGCAAUGAGCACACUGGGAUUUGAUAAUUAUGUGGAGCCUUUAAAAAUAUAUUUACAGAAGUAUAGAGAGGCAGCUAAAAGCGAUAAGAACCUUACGUCUGGUGACCUGUUGUAUGAAGAAAUCCCAGAAGAAUCUUAUAACACGUCUGGCAAUAAUAUAUUGACUACUACGGAGAAUGGAGGUACGGAAACAGUGAUAUAUACAUACCAAGAUAAUAAUUCUCUUCAUCAAUUUCAGUUAGGAUAGAGAAUAUAAUUAUAUAUUUUGUAAUUUUAUAGAUUUAAUUUGUUAUUACAUUAUCGUUUAUUAUAUAAUUA